CUUGACAACGUUUUGUUUCCCCAUCACUUCCGGGCUGAUAACAAGGGCCGUUGAUGCCCUCAGAUUUUCAUUAAAAUAUCUUAGUUUAAUAAAUACAUUGGCGCCAUAGCUGUGAUGUUUUGGGAGUGAUAUGGUCACAAAGCCUACAAAUGAGGUUGGUGUAUUGACGAAAUUCUUCCAAGAGACGCGGGAAUAGCGGAUGAUGAAGAGGUGAGCUGACUCUGAAACCAAGCUGUCUGUCAGUCCAUCCAUCAAGCGGAUCUAUCAGAGGAACCACCUGUGCAUGAGAAGGAACACAAUCAGUUUUCAAAAGAAGUGUUGGGGUGUAUCCCUCACACUUCCUGCUCCACCCACCCACCUCAACUCAGACUCCACCCAGUGACCCUUGACCCCUGACAUCCAAGAUGAAACUAAAAGAGGACAUGAACCCACUGCUGCUGCAGGUCUUCCGCUCGGUUGUCUGGGUCUACUCUGUCAUCACCUUCCUGCCCUGGUACCUGCUCUCGGGCGCUGGAGCCAACCUAGACCGGGCGCGGCGGGUCAAGGCACGGUCAGUGAGCGGUCGCCCGGCGGGCCCUUACCGGGCGACCAACCAUGAGGAUGGUAGCCAGCAGAAGCUGGUGUCUUCCUUGCACCCAGGAGUGGACACCCUGGACAAGGUGAUGGAGCAUGGAGCAGCCAGGUUCCCAGAGAGGAACUGCCUGGGCACGAGAGAGGUGCUGAGCGAGGAGGACGAGCUCCAACCCAACGGGAAGGUCUUCAAGAAGGUGAUCCUGGGGGAGUAUCAGUGGAUGUCGUAUGAGGAGACCUACCAGGCAGCAGUGUGUUUUGGCAGUGGGCUGGCCGCGCUGGGCCAGAGGCCUCAGUGUAACAUCGCCAUCUUCUGUGAGACCAGGGCUGAGUGGAUGAUAGCAGCACAGGCCUGCUUCAUAUACAACUUCCCAUUGGUGACGUUGUACUCCACUCUGGGCGGAGCGGCCAUUGCCCACGGUCUGAACGAGACUGAGAUCACCCACAUCAUCACCAGCAAAGACCUGCUACACAGCCGUCUCAAGGACAUUCUGUUGGAGGUGCCUCGGCUGCAGCACAUCAUCGUGGUGGACAGUAAGCCAACCAGUUGGCCCGGCUUCCCCCGUGGCAUCAUGGUCCACAACAUGGACGCCGUGCAAGAGCUGGGCUCCAGACCCGACAACAUGGCGGUGGCGCGCCGGCGGCCCCUGCCCUCUGACAUCGCUGUCAUCAUGUACACCAGCGGCUCCACGGGCAUCCCCAAGGGCGUCAUGAUCUCCCAUAGCAACAUCAUCGCGGGCGUCACAGGCAUGGCAGAGCGCAUCCCAGACCUGGAUGAGACAGACACCUAUAUUGGGUACCUGCCGCUGGCCCAUGUUCUAGAGCUGAGUGCAGAGAUGGUGUGUAUCUCUCACGGCUGCUGCAUCGGAUACUCCUCCCCACAGACGCUAGCAGACCAGUCGACUAAGAUUAAGAAGGGCAGUAAAGGAGACACCAGUGUUCUAAAACCUACACUCAUGGCUGCUGUACCGGAGAUCAUGGAUCGGAUCUAUAAGAAUGUGAUGACCAAGGUGGAGGAGAUGAGCAGUGUGCAGAGAACCCUGUUUGUGUUGGCCUACAACUAUAAGAUGGAACAGAUCACCAAGGGCUACAAGACCCCGCUCUGUGACAGUCUGGUGUUUAGGAAAGUGCGCUCGUUGUUGGGGGGUCACAUGAGGGUACUGUUGUCAGGCGGAGCGCCCCUCUCCGCCGCCACCCAGCGCUUCAUGAACAUCUGCCUCUGCUGUCCCGUGGGCCAGGGCUACGGCCUCACCGAGACCUGCGGAGCUGGCACCAUCAGCGAGAUGUGGGACUAUCGCACAGGUCGGGUUGGCGCUCCUCUGAUCUGCUCCGAGAUCACCCUCAAGGACUGGGAGGAGGGCGGUUACUACAGCACAGACAAGCCACACCCGAGAGGGGAGAUUGUAAUCGGCGGGCCCAACGUGACUAUGGGUUACUACAAGAACGAGGUGAAGAACCGCGAGGACUUCUUCGUGGACAGCAACGGCCAGCGCUGGUUCUGUACAGGAGACAUCGGGGAGUUUCACCCAGACGGGUGCCUCAAGAUUAUCGACCGUAAGAAGGAUCUGGUGAAGCUCCAGGCUGGGGAGUAUGUGUCUCUGGGGAAGGUGGAGGCCAUGCUGAAGAACUGCCCUUUCGUAGACAACAUCUGUGCCUACGCAAACAGUGACCAGUCGUACGUGAUUGGCUUUGUGGUGCCCAAUCAGAAGCAUUUGAUGGCGCUGGCGGAGCAGAGAGGGUUACGGGGCAGCUGGGAGGAGAUCUGUAACAACCCUGACAUGGAGAGAGACGUUCUCCACGUCAUCACAGAGGCCGCUCUGUCAGCCAAACUGGAGCGCUUUGAGAUCCCUAGGAAGAUCCGUCUGAGUGCAGAGCCCUGGACACCGGAGACUGGCCUGGUGACCGACGCAUUCAAACUCAAACGCAAGGAGCUCAAAUCACACUAUCAGGAAGACAUCGAGAGAAUGUACGGUGGCAAGUAACACACACACAGACAUACGCAAGGAAUCUAACAAACGCUAUCUAGAUGACAAGAAAACUGGAGAGAAUGUACGACGGCAAGUUACACACAAACAGACACAGCCCCCCCCCCCCCCCCCCCUUCUUCCCAAGACAAAAGACAGAGGGGCCAAGCCAGUUGGAGCAACAUCGGUUGCUUGUCUUCGCCAAAAGUUUUUAGGGGUCUGUGUGUUGCUAUGACGACGCUGUCAUCAUGGCGUGACUCGGCUGAGACACGGAAAAUGACACGUUAGUCUUGUCCCACUCCUGCACUCCUCUCCUUUUUUUUCUCCUUCCCUUCUCUCUCCUAACCUCUGUCUAGCAUGGUCUUCGGCCUCUGUGUGUAGUCCAGACACCUGAUAGUAGAAAGGAUGGUUUUUGUGUGAAUGUGGCCUGGAUCGUGUUCAUUAGGCAUCAAACGGAAGAAAACUGACUGAAACAGGGAGGGACUACCUGAACUUGUCCAACAAGAAAUGUUUUGCUAUGUUGUGCACUAAUGAAUACGACUCUGAAAAAUGAGGCCCUUCGGUUUAAACGUUCCACAUCCAGGUUUGAAUCUAUGCAGGGAUCUCUUUUAUUGUAUAAAUGUUUUAGGAUGUGGUGAUGUUUUGUUCAUGUUUUGUUAUUUUUCUUUUUUUAACGUAAUCGGUUUGUCUUGGUUCGUUUCCGAAACCUAUUCGAUGAACAUCUUGUGUCUGAGAGAAAUCAGUGUUUUGCGAAACCAUGAGAUUUUUGGAACACAACUCGCAUUUUUUAUUUGCUCUCCUUAUUUCUUAUAUUCUUAUAUUUUUCUGAAUGGUUUGUUUCUCAUUUAUCUGUUACCAAACUGACAUUAAAACAACAUGUUUUCCUCUUCUUUCUUUUUCCCCCCAUGUGAAUUUCCUAAAUUCUUCUCCCUCAUCUGCCUCUAUGUCCUGAAGGUUGCUUCUAUUCUAUGGAAGAGUAUGUGUUUACUGACUUGACUAGAUGAAGUCCUAUGUUACAGUGUGCCAGUGAUGGAAUCUCCUCCCUGCUCUGUGCCCCUGUGUGUGGCUAUGGGCUGAUGUGAUGUGCCUGGGUUGGCUGGUGGAACCUGUUUCUUAUAAUGUAGCCUGAUCCUGGAUCGGUUUGUACUUUAGCCACCUCCUUUGACUAUUUGUGGGACGUCAUGAGUUGACCAAGGCAAGAAAUGAUCUGGGACCAGGUUAGUAAUGAUGGUGAGGUGUCCAGGGGGGCUACGGGGAAUUGGGAUGCAGUUUCCCCAUAAAGCUGAUCGAAGUUUAGUUCCUCUUCCCUGUGGUUGAGGCUAGGAUGGGGAGAGGACAAGCUGGUUCCUUGAUCUGUGCCUAAAGGGCAAGUUCUCAGCAUGUGACACCAAUCCUACUGAGACCCUUAUUCAUUUCUAUUCUGUCACUUAACCAGUAGGAGGCAGUCUCUGCCACUGGUUUAUCUUUGAAACAUAAUCUGUAUAAUAAUGUCCAAAUUUACAGGGGUGUGUAUGUGUGCAUGUGUGGUUUGUGCGUGUGCUGAUGUUUGGGUGUGUGUGUGCGUUCUCUGACCCUGAGCUUGUUCCAAGUCCCCUAUGUCGCUGUGAAGCCCGCUGCAUGCCCACCCCACCUGACCUGUAGAAGUCUGUGACCUUUCAAUGUUUCCUCCAGCAAAACGAUGUUACAUACACAGUAUCCUGCUAAACCAGGUCUGUGGCUCCAUAAACCAUGCUAUCACCUGGACUAUCUGCUUCCAUAAACCAUGCUAUCACCUGGACUAUCUGCUUCCAUAAACCAUGCUAUCACCUGGACUAUCUGCUUCCAUAAACCAUGCUAUCACCUGGACUAUCUGCUUCCAUAAACCAUGCUAUCACCUGUACUAUCUGCUUCCAUAAACCAUGCUAUCACCUGGACUAUCUGCUUCCAUAAACCAUGCUAUCACCUGGACUAUCUGCUUCCAUAAACCAUGUUAUCACCUGGACUAUCUGCUUCCAUAAACCAUGAUAUCACCUGGACUAUCUGCUUCCAUAAACCAUGCUAUCACCUGGACUAUCUGCUUCCAUAAACCAUGUUAUCACCUGGACUAUCUGCUUCCAUAAACCAUGUUAUCACCUAGACUAUCUGCUUCCAUAAACCAUGCUAUCACCUGGACUAUCUGCUUCCAUAAACCACGUGGAUUGUCUUUAUUGAAAUUGGCCUAAACCUGCCAUUUUACUCCAUAAAAUGAUGACCUAUGUACCGCAUGGAUGUCUCUAGGAGAACCAAUGAAUCCCAGUCCAGAUCUGUAGCUGUUUGCCUUUUUAGUUGCUGUUUGGCAGACUGUGUGUUUGUGUCAUCCAACGGUAGUCCUAUCUACUCUGAUGUCCCCUGUUCGUAUUACAGUAAUGGAUUGUCCCAUUUCUUUGUCAUACCUAUAGUUACUGUUACUCUUAUUGAUGAAAUAUGAAAUGCAGAUUAAAUGUGCAAUAUUUAUAGGAAAUACAACUUCUAAAACUAAAGUAUGUAAAGGAAAAAUGCACAGAGAGAGAGAGAGCCCCUUCACAGUGUAUGAAUGUGUGGGUGCGGGCCUGUCUCUUUCCAAUUAAAUGUAGAAAGAAAACCUAGAGGACAGAAAACAUUGUUGUAGAAGUAGUAACAUAUAGCCUCUAUGGUGUGGUAUUAGUGCCAACAGAAAUGUCAUCUGAAUUCAAUCAUCUUGAGUUCAUUCAAAUUUGUUGGCAGUAAUAUGACUCCAUACUUAUUUUUCUGUAUUGUGAAAGUACUGUACCAAUUAUAGUAAUGAAGACUAAUAUUUUGGCCUUGUGAAAGUAAAGUACAGUGGUGAAGAAUAAGGCACUACAGGUGAACAGAGUUAGGUCUCCAGGAAGUUGUUUGGGUUGCAUGAUUCCUUGUGAAUGCACUAUAUACAUUUGUGACGUACAAUGUAUUCAGAUAUCAAAUCCAAGAUGAGAAGUCAUGCAUAAAGUCAUGUGGGCAAUUCCAUACGAGAUUUGCCCAAAGAUAUGUAAUCCUUGGAAAGGUACUUUGGGGUAAGGAGGUUUGGCAUACCUUUUUAAAGUUGAAAUCGUUGAUUUUAAAGUUGGAAAGUUCAUGACAUUUUGUCUUUGCCCAGGCCUUUUGAAUAUAUGACCCAUUUUAUACAUGAGUUGACAUUAUAGGCCAUUAACCAACUGUGCGAAUCACCAGCAGAGGGAGUUCUGAAUCCGUUCCCACAUUAUCUGUGUUUUUGGUGCUCCCAAAAAAUAUUGGCUUUUCAAAAGUAGCAGAGCGACCACUCUGGAAAUGUUAUGUACUUGUAGAGUAUAUUGUUUUUAAAUAAUAUCCAAUACUGAACGAAAUUAAAAAGGGUACUUUUGAGACAUUUACGGUAAGGCCCGGGUAAGGCCAACGUUUCACACAUUUCCCAACUUUUAAUGAGUAUUCCUCAAUAAUUAUUUUGGAUACAGAUGUCAAUGGUGUGCCAGACAAAAUUACGUUUUUUAUUGAUUUCAUUUCAGGAAGAUUAAAAGCAUCAUAAAUAUCUCUGGGCCAAUUUCGUUUGGAAUUCCACGUACAUUAUAGGCUGCCAUAUAUGUAUUGUCUGCAAAUGAAUUACUGUGUAUGAGCAAUGUACAGUAUAUAGCGUAGAAGAGGAACAGCUUGGAUAUUCUAUAUUUAGCACAAGGGAUAUUUCAGCAUUUGAAAAGGACCCUCGGUUUUGGGAAGUAGUCCAAAACACUGAUAAUGUUACGAAUGAGGAACCCAGGUGCAGGCUGGUUCCCGUUCUUCUUACAGUUCCUGAUAUUUUAUUGGUUCUUUGUAUUCAACUCCCAACCAAUGUCUGUCCAGUCUGUUGCUUUGCUAUCCCAUACCAGGCUACAAUUGGUUAAGAAGAUUUGUUCAUAGGAAUAUACUAAGUGCUAUCUUGAGUGUUUCUCUGAGGUUACAUACAUACAUCAUACAUACAUACAUACAUACAUGCAUGCAUACAUACAUACAUACAUACAUACAUACAUACAUACAUACAUACAUACAUACACUACCGUCCAAAAGUUUGGGGUCACUUAGAAAUGUCCUUGUUUUUGAAAGAAAAGCAAAACAUUUUGUUCAUUAAAAUAACAUCAAAUUGAUCAAAAAUACAGUGUAGACAUUGUUAAUGUUGUAAAUGACUAUUGUAGCUGGAAACGGCAGAUUUUUUAUGGAAUAUCUACAUAGGUGUACAGAGGCCCAUUAUCAGCAACCAUCACUCCUGUGUUCCAAUGACACGUUGUUAGCUAAUCCAAGUUUAUCAUUUUAAAAGGCUAAUUGAUCAUUAGAAAACCCUAGAAGGCCAGCAUCCCGGAGUCGCCUCUUCACUGUUGAUGUUGAGAUUGGUGUUUUGCAGAUACUAUUUAAUGAAGCUGCCAGUUGAGGACUUGUCAGGCGUCUGUUUCUCAAACUAGACACUCUAAUGUACUUGUCCUCUUGCUCAGUUGGGCACCGGGGCCUCCCAUUCCUCCUAUUAUUCUGGUUAGAGCCAGUUUGCGCUGUUCUGUGAAGGGAGUAGUACACAGCGUUGUACGAGAUCUUCAGUUUCUUGGCAAUUUCUCGCAUGGAAUAACCUUCAUUUCUCAGAACAAGAAUAGACUGAUGAGUUUCAGAAGAAAGGUCUUUGUUUCUGGCCAUUUUGAGCCUGUAAUCAAACCCACAAAUGCUGAUGCCCCAGAUACUCAACUAGUCUAAAAAGGCCAGUUUUUUUAUUGCUUAUUUAAUCAGGACAACAGUUUUCAUCUGUGCUAAAAUAAUUGCAAAAGGGUUUUGUAAUGAUCAAUUAGCCUUUUAAAAUGAUAAACUUGGAUUAGCUAACACAGCGUGCCAUUGGAACACAGAAGUGAUGGUUGCUGAUAAUAGGCCUCUGUUUCCAGCUACAAUAGUCAUUUACAACAUUAACAAUUUCUACACUGUAUUUCUAAUCAAUUUGAUGUUUUUUAAUGGACAAAAAAAAUGCUUUUCUUUCAAAAACAAGGACAUUUCUAAGUGACCCCAAACUUUUGAACAGUAGUGUACGUACGUACAUACAUACAUAUAUACAUACAUUACAUGUCUUAGUAGUGAAGUCAUCCACUUUAACUACUGAUGUACCUAAGACAAGGAACAAAGUUUGGUGUACAGAUUAAUUUGACCGCUCGUAUUGUUUCUCAUAGUAAAUAUGUUGGAAGGGGAGGGGUUAAUAUGAUCAAAUUUCCUAAAGAUAUAUCAGUUGUGCAGGUGUAAAACCUCAUUUAAACCUAUUUGGUCUUUGUUAUUGACCAGUUUUUUGGGGUGGGUCUUUUUCCUUCUCGUUUAGCGUGGGUUACUGGCCUUGUGACAUCAUGGGCUAUUUGCAAAUGUCUCCUUAUUUAUUUGUCAUUUGGCCUUGGAAAAUUGUCAUGAAAUUAAAAGUUGUGAUUGGUCUAAAAAUA